AGAGAGAUGCAUUUGAACCUUAGCUAUUUUAUGGGACUCCUCCUGGUGCUGCUGUGCAGCGUCUUUGUGAGCUCUAUGCCUCAGGCUCCUUGCGGCCCACCGCCUAGUGGCACUCCCCCGCCGGGCACUCGUCCUCCAGGACCACCGCCAGGUGGCAUGAACUGUCCACCGCCCACCACAGCCAAUUCUGGCUAAGAGGCUAAGAUCCCCAGUUAUCCCGAUUACGAUCCCCAGGCUAUCGAGACUCUCUUCUAUAAGAAAAAUCCUUUAGCAAUGUCUGCCUUCUUUUUUUUUGUUUGUUAUAAAAUAUUAAAUGUGUGUG